AAUUUCAGGACAACAUUGACCAGUAACAUUUUGAGUGACACAAUUUCCUGGAUAUUCAGGACAUCCAACAGCCCAGCAAACAGGUUCUGCUCCGUUGCCGGAUACUUCACAAGUACAACCAGUACAUGGAUCAUUAUCAGGAAUUUCUUCACCAACGUUAUAAAUUGUGCCAUCAACCUCACAACCACAAUAUAAUAUUUCAGGACAACAUUGAUCGGGAUUAUUUUGAGUAACACAUCCUGGUGGUGGAGCAUCACAUGCAAUCGCCCAACAAAGAGGUUCUGGACCGUUGUCUG